AUGAUGGGACCAACCAAGUUGACCCAUGAAGACUUGCAUCAGGGUAAUAUCCUAAUUUCACCAGCUGGAGAGAUCCGAUUGGAAAUAACUCUGCACAGGGUCCCGCCGCCGGGCGCUCGUUUGGGGGACAUUCGCGCGGCGGAGGGCAGUUUGGGUCGACCCAGAACUGGUCAUUACGGCUGCUCAGAUCUUGACACUAAGCUAAAAGAGAGAUGGACAAUGAGGGCCUGGGUAUUAAGGCUAAUUGUGAAACUCCAUUUGAAUGUCCCAUGUAUGAAAGUGCGUGAGGGUAUCGUCAAGUCAUGGGUCAUGUAA